AUGGGCACCCCCCCCGGAGCCGCCGGCGCCGGCUACUUUGGCGCGCCUGCGCCUGCCAAGCGGAACGACCCCCGCCCGGCCCUGUCACCGCAGCUGGAGAUGGUGUUUGAGACUCGGCGGGGCGGGGACCACUCCAUCCCGCCCCCCUGCAGCACCCCCCUGGUGGUCAGGGACAAGGGGUCGGCGGGGCCCCACCACAUGCGCUCCACGCUGAACCUGGUGCCCCAGACGCCCGCCCUGUUCCGCAAGCUGAAGCUGCCCUUCGGCCUGGUGAUCAACCCCAUGGCCGCGCCUGGCCUGCGCGACGACCCCAUCCCCACGGUGGACCUGGGCCCCGGCGGCCCCGUGCGCUGCGCCGAGUGCAAGGCCUACGUGAACGCUUACUUCCGCUUCGUGGCCGACGGCGGCCGCAUGGUCUGCAACUUUUGCGGCGCAGAGCAGCCCGUGCCGCCCGGCUACGCCUGCCCGCUGGACAUGGAGGGGCGGCGCCGCGACGCCGCCGACCGCCCCGAGCUGUGCUGCGGCAGUGUGGACAUGGUGGCCACCGCGGAGUACAUGGCCGGAGGCGGCCGCCUGCACGCGUUCCUGGCCACGCUGCCGCGGCGUGGGCGGCCAGCCAGCCGGCCGCGCGAGGUGCCGCGCGCGCUGGCGGACCGCGACGCGCUAGACGCGCUGCACCCCGACGGCGCCGCCUGGGGCGAGCUGGCGGCGCGGGCCGCUGAGGCGCAGGUACGGCCCGAGCUGUACUGCCUGGCAGCGGGCCCGUACAUGGACGUGGCCUCGCUGGACGCCUUUGCGCGCGGCGCGGCGGGCAGCCUGCGCUUCUACCCCGGCUUCCAUGCGCCCGCCGACGCGGCUCGGCUGCAGGACGACCUGCGCUGGGCGCUGGCGCGGCCGGCGGGGCUGGAGGCGGUGGGCCGCCUGCGCGUGUCCACGGGCCUCAGCGUGGGUCGGUGUUGGGGCGCCUUCCACCGCCGCACGCCCACCGACCUCCACUUCCCGGCCAUCGACGCCGAUCAGGCCCUGGCAGCCUCCAUCGAGGUGGACGAGAAAGCUGGCGGAGCGGGGGAGGCGUACGCCCAGUUCGCGCUGCUCUACACCUCGCCCGCCGGCCGGCGGCUCGUGCGCGUGCACACCUUGGCCCUGCCCAUCACCACGGGGCGCAGCAGCGCCUUCCGCGGUGCCGACAUGGACGCGGUGCUGGCGCUGACCGCGCGCCGAGUGGCCGCGCAGGCGCCUGGCAAGGCGCUGGGCGCCUGCCGCGACGCGGUCAUGGCCGCUGCCGUGGACCUCCUGGUCGCCUAUCGCCAGCACGCGGCGCAGCAGUCGGACACCUCGCAGCUGCUCCUGCCCGAGGCCCUCCAGCUCCUCCCCCUCUUCAGCCUGGGCCUGAGCAAGAACGCGCUGUUCAGGCGAGGCGUGGCGUCGUGGGGGUGGAACGACGCGCGGCUGGACGAGCGGGCGCUGUGGCUGCACCGCCUGCUGACCUGCCCCGUGGAGGCCAUGGCCAGCAUCGUGUACGAGGCCAGCGUCUUCUUCGGCAAGGCCGUGCCCCCUGCGACCCUGGAGGGGCUGCUGGGCGCGCACAGCCUGGAGGCACUGGGCCCGGCCCCCGCGCCCCUGCCGCGCCUGGCGACGCCGCUCAGCGCGGCCGUGAACGCGCUGCUGAACGAGGUGUGCCGCCAGCGGGGGCGCCUGCUGCGCACGCGCGUGCUGCCGGCGGGAGUGGGGGGGGUGGAUGCCUUCUUCUCCGCGCUGGUGGAGGACAAGGCGGGCAGCGCGGGCGGGUCCUACGCGGACUGCCUGCGCCAGCUGCACCGCGCCAUCGUGAACAAGCUGUCCUGA